GGCACAGACUAGUGGCUCUAGGAGACGCCGGCGCUGGAGAGUCCGCUGCGCCGCCGGCCGCUGGGGGACCGGGGCCCGCCGCUGCUGGUUGCUUCUAAGCCUUCGCCGAGAGAUGACCAGUAAGGGGAUCUUAACCCUUGACUUGGAGUUGUCAGCACCACACUUUCUCAAGUGUGGAAAUUAAAACAACACAAAUAUUUUGACUGGGACUUUGAUCAAGCAAAUGCUAAAAAGCCACAUAAAGAAAAUCACCAAUAGUCAUUUCUCAACAAUUAUAUAGUCAACUGAUGUAACAAUGGUACUAAUAUUGGGACGCAGACUAAACAGAGAGGAUCUCGGGGUGCGUGAUUCCCCAGCAACUAAGCGUAAAGUUUUUGAAAUGGACCCUAAAUCUCUGACAGGUCAUGAGUUUUUUGACUUCUCUUCAGGAUCAUCCCAUGCUGAAAACAUACUCCAGAUAUUUAAUGAAUUCCGAGAUAGCCGCUUAUUCACAGAUGUGAUCAUUUGUGUGGAAGGAAAAGAAUUUCCUUGCCAUAGAGCUGUUCUCUCAGCCUGUAGUAGCUACUUUAGAGCUAUGUUUUGUAAUGACCACAGGGAGAGCCGAGAAAUGUUGGUUGAGAUCAAUGGUAUUUUAGCUGAAGCUAUGGAAUGUUUUUUGCAGUAUGUUUAUACUGGAAAGGUGAAGAUCACUACAGAGAAUGUACAAUAUCUCUUUGAAACAUCAAGCCUCUUUCAGAUUAGUGUUCUCCGUGAUGCAUGUGCCAAGUUCUUGGAGGAGCAACUUGAUCCUUGUAAUUGCUUAGGAAUCCAGCGCUUUGCUGACACCCAUUCACUUAAAACACUCUUCACAAAAUGCAAAAAUUUUGCAUUACAGACUUUUGAGGAUGUGUCCCAGCAUGAAGAAUUUCUGGAGCUUGACAAAGAUGAACUUAUUGAUUAUAUUUGUAGCGAUGAACUUGUCAUUGGUAAAGAGGAGAUGGUUUUUGAAGCCGUCAUGCGUUGGGUCUAUCGUGCUGUUGAUCUGAGAAGACCAUUGUUACAUGAGCUCCUGACACAUGUAAGACUUCCUCUGUUGCAUCCCAACUACUUUGUUCAAACAGUCGAGGUGGACCAAUUGAUUCAGAAUUCUCCUGAGUGUUAUCAGUUGUUGCAUGAAGCAAGACGGUACCACAUACUUGGGAAUGAAAUGAUGUCCCCAAGAACUAGGCCACGCAGUAAGGGGAUUGCAACCCUCGGCAUGGUGUGGUCUGCACCACACUCAGCCAGUGAGCGCACCAGCCAUCCCUAUACAGGAUCCGAAUCUGUGGCCUCGACGCUACCAACGCCGCACUCUCCCGAGUCCACCGGGUAUUCUGAAGUGAUAGUUGUUGUUGGAGGCUGUGAACGAGUUGGAGGAUUUAAUCUUCCAUACACAGAGUGUUAUGAUCCUGUAACAGGAGAAUGGAAGUCUUUGGCUAAGCUUCCAGAAUUUACCAAAUCAGAGUAUGCGGUCUGUGCUCUAAGGAAUGACAUUCUUGUUUCAGGUGGAAGAAUCAACAGCCGUGAUGUCUGGAUUUAUAACUCACAGUUAAAUAUUUGGAUCAGAGUUGCCUCUCUAAAUAAAGGCAGAUGGCGUCACAAAAUGGCUGUCCUCCUUGGUAAAGUAUAUGUUGUUGGAGGCUAUGAUGGGCAAAACAGACUUAGCAGCGUAGAAUGUUAUGAUUCCUUUUCAAAUCGAUGGACUGAAGUUGCUCCCCUUAAGGAAGCAGUGAGUUCUCCUGCAGUGACUAGCUGUGUAGGCAAAUUGUUUGUGAUCGGUGGAGGACCUGAUGACAAUACUUGUUCUGAUAAGGUUCAAUCUUAUGAUCCAGAAACCAAUUCUUGGCUACUUCGUGCAGCUAUACCAAUUGCCAAGAGGUGUAUAACAGCUGUAUCCUUAAACAACCUGAUAUACGUUGCUGGUGGACUCACCAAGGCAAUAUACUGUUAUGAUCCAGUUGAAGAUUACUGGAUGCAUGUACAGAAUACAUUCAGCCGACAGGAAAACUGUGGUAUGUCUGUGUGUAAUGGUAAAAUAUAUAUCCUGGGUGGAAGACGAGAGAAUGGAGAAGCCACAGACACUAUUCUUUGUUAUGAUCCUGCGACAAGUAUCAUCACAGGGGUAGCUGCAAUGCCCAGGCCAGUGUCCUAUCAUGGCUGUGUGACUAUUCAUAGAUACAAUGAGAAAUGCUUUAAGCUCUAAAGCUGGGAUACCUCACCCAAGAAGCCACAUCAAUCCAAGAUGAGAGGUUUUUAAAACUCUGGAGUGGGAAAUUGACAUAUGUCCUUUGUGCCAUGAAAAAAAUAGUAUAAAUAAUAAUUGUGGUGCCUUUCUCCCCAAAAUAUCAAUCUUUCAAAUUGUAAUAAAGACUUUACUGUAAUUGAAAACAAUUUUUUUUGUUGUUAAAGGUAAUGGUGGUUGUUGCUAGGCCUUUGAGAGUGUAUCUUUAUAACUUUGUAAGUAUUUAUAUGAAGCCUAUGUGGAAUAGGAAAUAAUGCCUUUCUGUAUACCUUUAGGAAUUUGUGAAUGGUCUCUUCAUUUAUGUAUGUUUAUCUACAAGACUGUAUAUUUCUUAUUUCGUCAUAUAAUAGAAAAUUGCAUGACUUGAGGCUUCAUUUAGUUUGAAUCAUCUAGUGCUUAGAAUGUUUAGAAUGAAUUCUAAGGGAAACGCUCAGUUUUUAAAAUCUUUGUCACUGACAAAGUGUAUCCAAACUGACUAACUUUAUUGAAAGGCUUUUUUCCUAUAAUUGAUAAAAAUGUAAUGACAGCAAUAUGAGCACCAUAAAAUACUGAAUUAUAGUGACUUCUUUCUCAGAAUUGCUAUCUUAUAUUAAACACAUUUUGGGGAGCAGGUUAGGUAGGAGAUACAAAAGUAAAUACUCCUAAAAGGGGGAUUAAAAUUACAGGUUAAUUACUAAGAAAAAAUUAAAUAACCAUUGAAGGAAAAAUGACCCACUGUGGCUCUCAAAGUAUUUAUGCAUCAUCUCUAAAUCCUGUAUGGAAACUCCUUUUCUUGAACUUGACACAGGGAGUUGGAAUCCAUUUUACAUAUUGUUUUGUGAAAAACAGAUGACAGGUUUUCUCCCCAGCCCAGUAAAGUUUGACCUCAUUAGUAUGGUGCUUUGGGUGAGGAUCUCUUCCCUGGUUAUUCUGCUUCCUUGUGAACAGCUAAAAAUCCUGAGAGUCUCUACUGUAAAGGUGCCUUUAAUAGGGUAAAGCAGGGACCACCUAUGUCAGUGGGUCCAUUUUUCUUUUGAAAUUAGCUGUCUGAAAAAACUAACAGCAGUAGUUCCAGUCUCUUAAGAUAUAAAUCUUUCAUUUGGUACCUAUUGUGUAAAAUAUUGAUCAACAUCUUCAAACUUCUAAAUGCAGCAGACUGCUUUAGUCUAGAUUUUUCAAGUCCAGUUUAUAAAUCUUACCAGUUUUCAGAGAAGAAUGUAAAAAUUUUUUUCUAAGGCAAAUAAAUGGAUAAGUCAGGAACUACAGCAUAAGUGAUUAUAAUUCCUGGAUAGACAGAUACUAUUUACCACAUUUUAGGGAUGUUCCAGGUAACCUGCUGUAUUUUGACUUCCCAGUCACUACUGCUUCUCACAUUAUAAUUGUAUACUGUAUAUCAUAGGAGAGAUGAUACAAAUAUGUGAUUAUCAUGUCACCAGAUUUCUAUUAAAACCGAGGUGGUAAUCAAAAACCUGACAUUGGUAAACUACCUUUUUUUCUCAUCUUAGAAUGAUAGAGAGAUUUCAAAUAGACAUAUUUGAAACUUUAAUGCUUUUAAUGCUUACCUAGAACCUAAGUUCUGAGGAAAACUCUAAAAAAACUUACAAACUUUUAGGGAAUUUUUAUUUUUCAAAUCAUAAUUUGAAACUGAUAAAUACCUUCUUGUGAUAACUAUCAGACCAAUUCAGAAAACAAUUUUCUAUUGUUCUAGUUGAAAGACAAAUUGUAGGUACAAUGGGAUGCUUGUACUUUUAGAAUGAACAUCUACUUCUACAUUAUCUGUUUUGUAGAUAAUGGAACCUGUUCAGAAAUUCUUUACAGUAAAUGAGAUAAUGUGUGAAAAAAGUGUUCUGUAAAUGCCAAGGACUAUACAAAUGAUAGUUGUUAUUUUCCUGUGUAUUUGUUAAGAUCAUGCCCAUCCAUAAAUACAGAGACUUCACAUAAAAAAGACUUUUUCAAGAUAACUUCAUAUUCUAGUAUUUUUGUCUAUUGUAAAAGUAUUAACUAUUUACCUGUAUUUUUUUGUUAUACUUUUUUUUUUUUCUUUUUUUUUUUUUUUUUUUCUUGCUGGUUGCUGGUACAUGAAUCAUGAAACCCUGGACCUUGGUGUUAUCUGCACCGUGUUCUAACCAAUUGAGCUAACCAGCCAGCCCCUUGUUAUAGGUUUAUUUUUAAUAUUCAUGUGUUUAUUGUGGUAAAUUUAAAUGAAAUCCUAAAAAACAGAAUUUGUUUAAACACAGACCUCAUAUCAAUAUUGUUUAAUUUUUUCUUUACAUAGUCCUAAACUAUGUAAAUUAAGUGGUUGCAAUUUAUGUUGAAGGCCACCAAGAACUUAGCUUGAAUCCUAGAAAAUUAAGGUAACUGUGUUUAGUUACCCAACUGGUAUUUUAAUUUUCUUUAAUUAUUUACCUUCCUUGACUAAUUUUUUAUAAAUAAUGAUGUUGUUAGCCUUGACAAAAUAAAAAAGAAUUUUAGGAUAUAAUUAGUAUAUCAAAAGGAAUAUAUCAACCAAACUGGUGUCAGAUCAUAUUCAUUCUGUCAUCACAUCGUUGACAGAUUUUCCUUUAUAGAUGAUGCUCUUAUAAGCCUUUGGGUUAGAAUGUAUGUACCUAUACACACGUGUGUAUAUGUAGAUAGUAUGGUUGUGUACCCCCAUAUAUACAAACAUCAAGAAUUUUAGCAGUUUGUGAUGAUCAGGAAAAAAACACAUAAAGUAAAAAUUAGUUGACCACAUUAAAUUCAAAUCCAGAAGAUUUUCUUAUUUGGGCAUUUCUAGAGUACUUUUUUACAUUUGAAAAUACAUGGUAAGUAUUUGUAAUGAUGAUUGGUAUACAGUCAGAAUCUACAUAACACAUCCGGUUUUACAAAGACAAAAAAAAAAAUUGGAGGUAGAGAUGAGUUUUCUAAACCCAGCUGUGAUACCUCAUUUGGAAAGGGAAUUCAAAGGUAUGCUUUGUGGAUCAACUGAAAAGUAUAGUUGGUUUUUGUUUGGGUUGUUUUUUUCUUCAUGAACUUUUAUCUUUUUCCAUGUUUUCCUUUAUAUUAGUGAGCUACAAAGCGUUCUAAUUUUUACAACAGAAGAACUUCCUCCUUUAAUCUUCCUGCACUUCCUAAACUUCCUUCUAAACUUUACUGCAAAGGUAUGAAAUGGUAGCCUAUCCUAUUGGAUCUUUAAUAUCUUUUUUUUCUGGAUGACUGAAAUAUAGUUAUUUACUCCAUUUAAACCAGGUUUUAAGAAAAGAUGUAAAUACUCAGGGAGGGAGGAUAUUAACUUGUCAUUUUUGCCUAUUUGGAAUGUUUAAAGUGCCAUAACUGAACAAGCUUCAGUUCAUGAUUCUAGAGUAAACUUAAUUUGGAAAAAGGGCUUCACAAACAUGGCAGUGCUUGAACAUUCAUCCUUUUAUAUUUAGAAAGAUGAAAAUGUUUUGUGGACUGAAACCAUUUUCUCAUAGUGAGUAUCAAUUGUUUAUGUAUCUCUACUGUCAAAUACCCUUUUUGAAACUCAGGAAAGACAAAGGUUCAAUUAUACUGCUUUUGUCAUUAUGCAA